AUGGCCACCCGCCGAACCUUCUUCUCUUUCCUGGCAGCUCUGUGCGCGGCACAGGGCAUCAAUGCCACUUCAUACUGCUACUGUGAAGGCGGCCCAGGUUUCCACUACCUUGGCAUCGAGACUGUGUGUGCCGAACUCGGCACACCAUGGAACACGACCAACUGCGACCUCGGCAGCUCUGACGUCUGCAAGUUCGGCGGCGACGGCGGCGCGCCUACCGAUGGCACGCAGUCUCUCCGGCAGUGGUGUGAAAGCCCUGACCGGCAGGGACGGGAUCUCAGCGGCGAGACAGUGCAAGGCGGUGCCCUCAUCUGCACCGAGUCGAAGCCCGAAUGGAUCGAUGAUUCGUGUGAAGCCCUUGGACAGGCGGGACUAGAGGAAGAUAUAGAAGGCCCUCCCAUCGACCUCGACGAGCCAGUCGAUGGGUCGGAAGACACGGACGGCAUCCCAACACGCCUCCGUCGCCAAGCCGACAAAUUCGGAAGCGACUUUCUCCGCUACGUCCCUGCAAGCAAGACGGCCAACCUGAUCAAGACGGCAUCCAAUCGCAACGUCAAGACCCACGGUGACGGCAGCAAGGAGACGAUCCAUCAGGUCAACGAGCUGCGCCUCAAGGGAUACAACUGGAAAUUCCUGCGCAGCUACGACAACCAAAAGGGCGCCGCCGACUUUACCGACAGCGUCGAAAUCACCAAGGGCUUUGAGACAUCGUCCGGCUCCAACACCAAGGCGGAACUGGCCGUGAGCUUUGGCUACAACGGCCUUGCCGCCCAGUUCAGCGUCGACGCCAGUCUCUCGCACGAGUUCUUUUCCCAGAAGCGCGAGACGGUCACGACGAAGCGCAACGAGACGUUCUUCGUGCCCAAGGGCGCCGCCGCCUAUCUCUACCAAAAGGUGUACGUCUGGGAGUCGACGGUGACGUUUAGGCUGACGUCCGUCGGCGGCCCGUUUGACAAUGGAGGCAAGCCGGGCAAGCGUGGCACCUUUGACCUCGCCAUCGAUGAGAGCGAGCCCCUCUUGGCUUCGUUUGAGUUUGACGUAUUGACGGAGGAGAAGGUUGUCAAGGAUGCGCCGCUGCUCGACCGCGGAACAUUUGACGUCGCGAGACUCUUUGAGCUGAAAGAACCCAAGUUCCCCAAGGCUGAGGCUCUGUACGAGGAGGACUGGACCGGCCACGUUCGCGACUUCAUCAAGAAGCUCGGCUUCUCGAUCUGA